AUAUCCACAAACGUGACACCCGUUUUGGAAGAAUAGCCGCUAAGUGCAAAUUUGUUGAAAAUUUGAGAAGAUACAUGAAUUAGAUAAAAGAAACCAUAUAAAAAAGACUUUAUAUUUUUCUGUAGAUUUUGAGGUAAGGUAUGCAAGUGGAACAACUCAAAAAGGAUGUACAAUGAAAUAUUAUUUUAGGAAGAAAACCAACUGAAAAAAAAAAAAAAUGAAGUUCCUUUUCUUCACAUUUGUUGGUGCUGUUCACCUUUUAUCCCUGGGCUCUGGGAAAGCUAUAUACAAGAAUGGAAGCCCUCAAAGAAUUUUUGAAGAAAUGAAAGAAGAAAUAGCCAGCUAUGGAGAUAUUGCUAAAGCAAUCAUCAACCGUGCUGUUUAUGGUGAAUCCCAGAACAGAUCUUACGAGCGAUUGGCACUUCUGGUUGAUACUGUUGGGCCUAGACUGAGUGGCUCUGAGAACCUAGAAAAAGCCAUCAGAAUUAUGUACCAAAAUCUGCAGGAAAAUGGGCUGGAUAAUGUCCACCUGGAGCCAGUCAAAAUACCCCACUGGGAAAGGGGAGAAGAAUCUGCUGUGAUGCUGGAGCCAAGAAUUCACAAAAUGUCUAUUUUAGGUCUGGGCAGCAGCGUUGGGACCCCCCCAGAAGGCAUUACAGCAGAAGCUCUGGUGGUGACCUCUUUCGAUGAACUGCAGAGAAGGGCCCCAGAAGCAAGCGGGAAGAUUGUUGUUUAUAACCAACCUUAUGUCAACUACUCGAGGACGGUGCAAUACCGCAUCCUAGGGGCAUUUGAAGCCGCCAAGGCGGGCGCUUUGGCGUCCCUCAUUCGAUCAGUGGCUUCCUUCUCCAUCUACAGUCCUCACACAGGUAUUCAGGAAUACCAGGAAGGUGUGCCCAAGAUCCCAACAGCCUGUAUUACAGUGGAAGAUGCAGAAAUGAUGUCAAGAAUGGCUUCUCGUGGGAUCAAAAUUAUCAUUCAGCUGAAAAUGGGUGCAAAGACCUACCCAGAUGCUGAUUCCUUCAACACUGUAGCAGAGAUCACUGGGAGAAAGUAUCCAGAGCAGGUUGUACUAGUCAGUGGACAUCUGGACAGCUGGGAUGUUGGGCAGGGAGCCAUGGAUGACGGCGGUGGAGCCUUUAUAUCAUGGGAAGCACUCUCGCUUAUUAAAGAUCUUGGACUGCAACCAAAGAGGACUUUGCGCCUGGUGCUUUGGACUGCAGAGGAACAAGGUGGAAUUGGUGCCUUCCAGUAUUAUCAGUUACACAAGGUAAAUAUUUCCAACUACAGUCUGGUGAUGGAGUCCGACUCAGGAACCUUCUUACCCACUGGGCUGCAAUUCACUGGCAGUGAAAAGGCCAGGGCCAUCAUGAAGGAGGUCAUGAGCCUGCUGCAGCCGCUCAACAUCACUCAGGUCUUUUGUGAUGGAGAAGGGACAGACAUAAACUUUUGGAUCCAAGCUGGAGUGCCUGGACAUCUUAUGUUGGGUGCUAAAGAGAGAAAAAAAGGAGCCAGCCUACGUGAUGACUUAUACAAAUAUUUCUCCUUCCAUCAUUCCCAUGGAGACACCAUGACUGUCAUGGAUCCAAAACAGAUGAAUGUUGCUGCUGCUGUUUGGGCUGUUGUCGCUUACGUCAUUGCCGACAUUGAAGAAAUGCUGCCUAGGUCCUAGCAAGAGCUAGAAAGCACUCUCAUCCAUUCUAGCCAGGAAUCCUGGGUCUGCAGCUUCAAACACCCUUUCACAAAACAAUUUCAUGGGUUCAUCUUCAAAGCACAACCCUUUUUUAUACUUUCUGUUGUCAUCUUACUUGGUAUUUUCCAAAUUCUCUUUUUCUAGAAUAAGGAAUGGUGCCCACCACCACAUAUAAUCAAGAUAUGGUAGGGAUCAUAGUGGGGGUAUGUCUUUAUACCAACUUUUAGAAAUAUUGUUUCUACUUUGAAA